GUCACACACAGCCCGCAAUUUUUCGCUGUCAGUCGAGCGCUUUUUUUCUCCACUGGAAAAAACUGCUCCCAGAUAGCGUUUGGGGUUAGCGGCUCCUGAUUAUCCCAAGAUCCGCCGACACGCUUCGCAUCAUGAGUUGUGCGCAAUAACGAAGGCAUGGAUGAAUGGAGGACAAUCACGAGAGACCGGCCUCAGCGGCCCCUGACACAGGGUUCGUCCCCAAUUCCAAAUCACAAGGCUUAUCUCGCAUCGCUCUGUUCCGCACUGGGAGCAUUCCGGUCGCCCUGUGGAAGAACGCCCUCUGGAAGACCGCUGCCCCGAACGGCAUAUAUAAAGCCCGGGUGGACUUGUCCACCAUUCCCUCCCCAGGCUCGUUCACUACCCUAUUUCCCACUUGUCGCCUCGGUUGGUUCAUUUGCCAAAAUGAGCGACGCUCACGCCGUCAACCAGGAGGCCGAACAAGUCACGGUUCAGCCCGCCGGCGACCAGAAGCCCAUUCACCACCACGACAGCUCCGCAACCCUCGACGAGAAGGCCUUCGACGAGAAGAAGGACUUCGAGAACUACAAGCAAGGAGACAUCGUCGAGGCCGGCGAGGUCGACGAGGAGUUCGAUGAAAUCGCCAGGAAGAUCAACUCCGUCGUGCCACUCACCGAUGACCCCAACGCCCCGCAAAUGUCGUUCCGUGCGAUGUUCUUGGGAACAAUCUUCGGUUGCAUCUUGUGCGCUUGCAACAACAUCUUCGCUUUCAAGACCACUCAACUCAUCAUCCCCCCCACCGUCGCCGUUCUCCUCUCCUACCCUCUCGGUGUCUUCAUGGCCAAGGCCCUCCCCCACACCAAGGUCUUCGGCUUGAACCUCAACCCCGGACCCUUCACCGUCAAGGAGCACGUCCUUGUCUCCAUGAUCGCUUCCGCUGCCGGUGGUGGUGGUGGUGGUAUCCCAUACGGCAUGGACAACGUCGUCGCACAGAAGCUUAUCGGCGGGCAGGACAUCAAGUUCCUUCCUGCUCUCGCCUGGAUUAUCUGCUCCCAGUUCAUGGGUUUCGGUUUCGCCGGUCUUUGCCGUCGGUUCAUUAUCUGGCCUCGUGAGAUGAUCUGGCCCGGAAACUUGUCACAGCUGGCUCUGUUCAUGAGUUUCCACCAGACCUCGGAGGAGGCCGCCGCUGAGGGUGGCAAGUACCGCAUGACCCGUUACAAGUUCUUCUGGAUCGCUGUUAUCUGCAUCUUCGUUUACGAGUGGAUCCCGCUGUACAUCAUGCCCGUUCUCCAAGUCGUCUCAAUCCUUUGCUGGAUUGCACCGCGGGACUCCUAUGCUCGCAUGUUCGGUUCCGCGUCUAACGGUCUCGGUUUCCUGACAUUCGCUUUCGACUGGCAAUACAUCACCUCCACCUGGAUGACUACUCCGUUCUUCGUCACCGUCCUCAUGUCCAUCGGUACCGUCAUCUUCAGCUGGAUUCUCCCCCUCAUUAUCUUCUACACUGAGCCCUAUGAGCACGCCGGUCACCUCACGUCCGAAACCUAUGUCGACGGUGACUUCGUGUUCCCCGACUUCAACACCGGAGGCCUCUACGACAAGGAUGGCAUGUACGUCAGCAAGAAGAAACUCUACAUGGAAGGUUUCCGCACCAACGAGACCUUCGUCGCCGAGAAGGGUCCCUUCCGUAUCUCCCCUUACUUCCUUAUGAACUACGUCAUGUCGUUCUUCAACUUGACCGCGCUUCUCUCCCACAUCUACCUGUGGCACGGAGAUGAACUUGUCAAGCACACCCGCGCCAUGCUCAAGGGUGACGGUCGCCAAGGCAACGACGUCCACAACCGUAUCAUGCGGAACUACAGUGAAGUUCCCGACUGGGUGUACUUCACCAUUCUCGGCGUCUUCUUCGUCGGUAUGAUCUUCGUCGGGGAGUUCACCGACUUCAGGAUGCCCUGGUGGUCCGUGUUCCUCGCCACCGGAAUCGCCGCCCUCUUCAUGAUUCCCAUCGGUAUCAUUCAAGCCCUCACUGGUCUUCAGAUCGGUCUCAACGUCGUCACCGAGUUCGUCAUCGGGCUCAUCCUCCCCGGUGAAGUCGUUACCGUCAUUUGCUUUAAGUCCUUCGGUUACAAUGUCAUGAUUCAGGCGAUGUCCUUGUUGGCUGCCCUCAAGCUUGGUCACUACCUCCACAUUGCCCCAUGGUACAUGUUGAUCUCCCAGCUCUGGGGUACCCUUAUCCAAGCCUUCCUCGGAACCGGUGUCACUUUCUGGAUCAUGGACGCCUGGAAGACCCGCAUCCUGCACAACAACAACUGGAUGGCGCAAGGUUACUCGCUCUUCUUCAACGCCGGUGCCAUCUGGGGAGCCAUUGCGCCCAAGCGAUUCUUCUCCGGUCCUUUGGCCCACGCUUACUGGGCUUUCCCUCUCGGCAUGAUCUUGCCUUUCCUUCCAUACUGGGCGAACAAGAGGUGGCCAUCGAAGUUUUGGGUGUACAUGAACUUCCCGGUCAUCUCCAUGUCCUACGGAACAUGGGGUGCCGGUCUGCAAAACAACUACUUCUGGAUGACCAUUAUCACCGGUUACAUCUUCCAGUUCUACUUGUACCGCAACAAGUACGAGUGGUGGUCCAAGUACAACUACAUCCUGGGUGCUGGUCUCGACACCGGCAACGCCAUCGCCACUGUCGUCAUUGCUUUCCUUUCAUUCUCCGUCUUCUUCCCGGUGUGGAAGGGCAACCCGAACCCCGAGCUCGGCUACUACGACUACUGGUGUGUCAACCCCGAGUUGUGGAAGGUUCCUGACGCCCCUGCGGAAUAGAUCCGCACCUCUCACUCGUGAGCACAGUUGAUUGACUCCGCUUGGGUAGCUGGUAUCCCCAUGUGUAGAUAGCAUCAUUUGUAUAUGUACGAGAGCCUCCUUGUUCAUCAAUGGACAUUAAUAUAUCGUACGAGACCAUAUAUCCUAUCGCCGUAGUUUCGGUGAAGUUAUGUUCCCUACUUUUGCACUCACCAGCGAAACUUCCA